UCAAUCAGUCAGUCAUUUGCAAUGCAUUGACAACAAUAACAAAGACAACAACACAUCACUCUAUAUAACAAUACUAUAAUAAUCACAACAACAACAACAUUACAGACAUAUAGACAACAAAUGGUCACUCUUUGGCCAAUAUUUAUGAUAUACGACUGUUGACUGACUGGACAUACUUGUGGUCAGUAAUGGUAUAGCAAUGAAAGUGUGGAUCAGAUAACAUAUGCAAUAGUAAUGGUUUAUUAGUUAUGAUUAUGUCUUAUAAUUUGUUUGCAUUUGUUAUAUCUGAUGAUAUAAUGACACAAAUUAUAGCAUUGUUUGCAAUCAUUUCAUUGAAAUAAUUGAUUAAUUAAUUAUGUUUUCAAUUGUUGUCUAAAAAAGUAGUAUUUAAUGACAUAUUUAAUGAGUGUUUAUCGGUAUUUGAUAUGAUUUGAUGACACAAACUGUAAAUAACAAUAAAGAUGUUUAGGCUAUCAUUGAGUCCAUCUCAAGACAAGUGUAAUCGUCCGCCGAUAUCGACGCCAAUCCGUCGAUCACAAGACGAGAGACCUCUAAAUAUCCAAAACACAUAUUCACCGAAAGAGACCACUUGUAGUCAAUCUGUGACCACAUCAUUGUCUUCACUGUCACUUUCAUUAACGCCAAGACGUCUCAGUGAAGAUUUGAGUCGUAGUCCACAAGAAUUAAGUCCAUUGUUUAAAAGGAUUAAAAAAGAGAACAAUAACUCACUUCUGAUUGACUCUAAUUCGUCAUUUCUGAAGCAAGAAUUUGAUACAGAAUUGGAUUUCAAUUCAAGACAACCUUUUUUCAAUCUGUUUUCACAAUUAUCUAUUGAAAAGAGUCAACAACAACAUCAGCAACAACAACAACAAAUGUCUCCAUCAAUCAGUGGUUCCCCGCUAUCAGCUGACAGUCUUAGCAAAGACUUACAGAACAAGUUAAGUAUUUGUCAGAAAAUUGAUGAUAAAAGCGAUGAAACAAUUACCGAUUUGUCUUCAAUGGCUAACCUUUCGGUAAAUGAUAUGAAAAGAAAAAUUAGAAAAAAGAUGAAAAAAUCAAAACGAAGUAAAUCUAAAUCAAAAGAUACGAUUUCAUUGAAAUCAAAUGUAUUUCAAACCAUUAAUAUCUUGAAUAAGAAGAAAAAUAGAAAAAACAAACGAAAAUCAAAACGAAAUGAACACGAAAAACAAAAACACAAUUUGUUUUCAAUGAAGUCUUCGGUUAUUAAAGAACUUAAAGUGUCGGCGACUGGAGGUAUGAGUACAGACUUAUGUCAGGCUUUGCUGGUUCUUCGUAAUGAAGGUGUGGUUCGCAAACUAAACAAACGCAAAGAAUUAUAUAAAUGUUUGUGUUGUUGUGGAAAACGGUUUACUGACCGAACACAAGCCGAAGAGCACAUCCAAACACUGGAACACAAAUCUGCGAAAUACGAACAAAAAUUAUCAGAUAUUGACUCACUCUUGGCAUUAGAUAUCGGCAAAUGUUCGGACAUUGAAGUUAUUUUGGCCCGAAAAAGACAAUUGUCUCAAAUUAACAGAAAAACUAAGGAAAUGAUGUAUUCAAAUGGGAUUCGUCUGAAGGAUGGGUUCGGUAGCAAUAAUUUUGUUUGUAUUCAAUGCAAUGGUCUGUCUUUAUCUUCAGUACAACUGGUGAUGGAGCACUUGAAGACAUCACCACAUUUGGUUUCAAGUAAUGAAUCAUCAAUUUCAAUAGAUUGCACACAAGAGUCGAAUCUGACAAAUGAUGUAAAACCGCUUAAAAGUGAUAUUAGUCUUAAUUUAAGCGGAAAUUAUGUACAAAAUCUAUUGUUAGACAAUAGUUUAAAACCAAAUGUUUGCCAAACAUCGAGGCUUUUAGUUAAUGAAGGAAUCGUUCGUAAGAAAUCUCGGCGAAGAAAACUAAAAUAUUUUUGCCUUUUUUGCGAAACGUAUCGUUCGACCGAAAAAGAAAUGUUAAUACAUAUUGAGAGCACAUCUCAUCAAAACUGCAAAUCAUCUGAAAAGUGGUCCAAAAAUAUUCAAUUAAACAGUCAGUUGUGUGUUGAUAGCGAACGCAUUGAUGACAUUGAAGUUAGUUUAGCCCGAAAUAAAGUACUGCUUAAAGAGUUUCCCAAUGAUUUCAAAAUACAUAUCAUCAAUGAAGGCAUUAGACUUGUGGAUGGCAUCGGUAUAAAUGCAUACCUGUGCCAGAUCUGUGGUAUGUCGUUGAAUGUGGACUUUGCAGGGGAUGGACGACGUGCUGUUGAAAAUCAUUUGAAGAGUGAUUUACAUGAAUUAAAGCGUAAAGAUUUAGUCCAAAAAAAUAGUUAUACAGAAUAUAAAAACUUUUUAAUCAAAUGA